CCGCUUGAACCCACGAAAGAAACAAAACAAGCUUCUCUUUCUCUGUCUCUUCCUCAAAACCCACGUCUCAGAAUCUCCGAAUUUUUCACUUUCCCACCGUUUUUUUUUUUCCUCGAGAAAAUUUUCAUACGGGUAUUCGUAAAUACCCUCCAAUUUAAAUGGGCUCGCGUUAAAAACCCAUCAACAUGGAGAGCUUUAGUCUGUGAUAGACUCUGUUCUGGUUCUUAUUGCUUUCAGAUAUGACUCUGAAAAUUGGCUCUUCGUUUUCUUGUUUGGUUGCUUCUGUUUCUUCUCCUUCCCAGUCUAGGAGAAUUUCGCGGCUGAGCUUAUCACGAGGAUUUCCUGAAAUUCAAAAACAUGAUUUUCAGCUGCUAAAAUCUGCUAAAGUGAAGUCAUGCCAGUGCAUAGCUGGAAAGCUGAACUCUAGUAGAAGGUUCCUGAAGAGUCAAAAUGUUCUCUGUGCUAUUUCUGAAGAACAGACAGAAUACAAUGAGAUCGAACUAGAUGCAUCAGAGCAAGAAAAUCAUUGGCCUAAUGCUGAAGAUGUCUCUCCUGCAAGCAGCUCAUAUAUCCAUUUUGUGGGAACUGGUGGAAAACCAGGUUUAAUCUCAUUUUACAACUCUCCAUAUAAAAGAGAGGACGAACUCUCUAUAUCCAACUCACAAAAGAGUCAGAACAGCCUACUGUGGUUUAUUGGUCCGGCUGUCCUUGUAGCCUCUUUCAUUUUCCCCUCACUUUAUUUGCGCAGAAUACUCUCCACUGUAUUUGAGGACUCUUUGUUGACAGAUUUCCUCAUAUUGUUCUUUACAGAAGCACUUUUCUACAGUGGAGUUGCUGUAUUUCUUCUUCUAAUAGACCACAUAAGGAGGCCUAUUGAACCUGAUUCUGCUACAGGCACUCACAGAACCCUGGCUUCUCAUAGAGGACAGCGAAUCUCUUCUGUAGCUGCCUUGGUGCUUAGUUUAAUAAUUCCUAUGGUGACAAUGGGCUUGGUCUGGCCUUGGACUGGUCCUGCCGCUUCUGCUACUCUCGCUCCAUACCUGGUUGGUAUUGUUGUCCAAUUUGCAUUUGAGCAGUAUGCAAGAUAUAAGAAGUCACCUUCAUGGUCUGUUAUUCCAAUUAUCUUUCAGGUUUAUAGAUUGCACCAGCUGAAUAGAGCAGCACAACUGGUGACAGCCCUGUCAUUUACAGUUAGGGGAGCUGAGAUGACCUCACACAACUUGGCAAUAAAUAGCUCUCUAAGUACUCUUCUUAAUGUCCUCCAAUUCCUUGGAGUCAUCUGCAUUUGGUCUCUCUCAAGCUUUCUCAUGAGGUUCUUCCCUUCUACUGCCAUGACUGUGCAGUGAGACAUGAGUUUCAGGAAACAAUGGGUAAAACAAUCAUCUGACCUAAUAGAGAACAAAUGCUGCAGGUGGUCUUCAAUAAAUCUGGUGCAGUCCGACUCUUUUGUGGUUUAGUUAUGCUCUGCUGGGAACUCAAAACUAAAAGGGUAUUGAAGCAUUUGACUUGUCUAGAGGAAAUUAAAAGGUAAUUGCAGAAUAUUGUGAAGGAAAAUUCUAAUUGCUGGAGAGAGUUGAAUUGGAAAAAUUAAUGUGCUCUAUUUCUCCAUGGUCAUUGAAUUCCACUAUUGCUUGUAUAUAACUCAUUUUCUCCAUAGAUUGGCCAUUUUCCCGACAAAUGUGCGUUUUUGAAGUUAUCUAGAAUGGUUAAAACAUCA